AAAGGUGCCGGGACUCGGCCCGCGCCCGCUGCGGACCCCGCUCGCCGGCUCGCGCGCCCGCUCGGGCCCCGCUGCCCCGGCGCCAACGGCGAUGACGGCCGAGGAGAUGAAGGCGGCCGAGAGCGCGGCGCAGGCGGCGCCGCUGGCCCUCGCGGGAGGAGUGGACAUCAGCCCCAAGCGCGACGAGGGCGUGCUCAAGGUCAUCAAGCGAGAGGGCACGGGCACCGAGACGCCCAUGAUCGGGGACCGAGUCUACGUUCACUAUACUGGCUGGCUCUUGGAUGGCACCAAGUUUGACUCCAGUCUGGACGGGAAGGACAAAUUCUCCUUUGCCCUGGGAAAAGGGGUAGUCAUCAAGGCUUGGGACAUUGCCGUGGCCACCAUGAAGGUAGGGGAAGUGUGCCACAUCACCUGCAAACCGGAAUAUGCCUAUGGCUCAGCCGGCAGCCCUCCGAAUAUCCCCCCCCAUGCCACGCUGGUGUUUGAGGUGGAGUUAUUUGAGUUCCGGCCAGAGGAUCUGACAGAGGACGAAGACGGUGGCAUCCUCCGAAGAAUAAGGAAGCUAGGUGAAGGCCACGCCAGACCCAAUGAGGGCGCUAUUGUGGAGGUUGCACUGGAAGGGUCUUGCAAAGACCGGAUUUUUGAUCGGCGGGAACUCCGCUUUGAGAUCGGCGAGGGAGAAAGCCUGGACCUGCCUUGCGGGCUGGAGAAGGCCCUUCAGCGCAUGGAAAAAGGCGAGCAGUCGGUGGUGUACCUCAAGCCCAGCUACGCUUUUGGCAAUGUCGGGAAGGAAAAGUUCCAGAUCCCGCCCCUGGCCGAGCUAAAAUACGAGGUGCACCUCAAGAGUUUCGAGAAGGCCAAGGAGUCCUGGGAGAUGAACUCGGAGGAGAAGCUGGAACAGAGUGCCAUCGUCAAGGAGCGUGGCACUCUGUACUUCAAGGAAGGCAAGUACAAGCAAGCCGUCCUGCAGUACAAGAAGAUUGUGUCCUGGCUGGAGUACAAGUCGAGCUUCUCGAAAGAGGACGCGCAGAAGGCCCAGGCCCUCUGCCUCGCUUCCCACCUCAACCUGGCCAUGUGUCACCUGAAGCUCCAGGCCUUCUCGGCUGCUGUCGAGAGCUGCAACAAGGCCCUGGAACUGGACAGCAGCAACGAGAAGGGCCUUUUCCGCCGAGGCGAGGCCCACCUGGCAGUGAACGACUUCGACUUGGCCCAGGCUGACUUCCAGAAGGUCCUACAGCUCUACCCCAGCAACAAGGCCGCCCGGGCCCAGCUGGCCACCUGCCAGCAGCGGAUCCGCAAGCAGCUCGCCCGGGAGAAGAAGCUGUACGCCAACAUGUUUGAGCGGCUGGCCGAGGAGGAGAGCAGGGCGAGCGCUGCCGUCUCCACAAGGGACACAGAGAUGAAGGAGGAGCGGAAGCAGGACGCGGCCGGAAGCCACCCUGGGGUGAAGACGGAAGCAUAGCCUCGCCCGUCGCCUUGCUCAGGGCCCUCACCCUGGGCCGCUACCUCCCCUGCGCCCGCCCCCCUCCUCCGCCCUCUUAGUUUUGUAAAAACCGAAGAAUUUUGAGUGACUUAGACCUUUAUUUUUCUAUAUGAUUGGAUGGUGGCUUUCGGGGAAAGGGGGAGGAAAGGAGUCGGCUGGGGAGGAUUGAGCUGGGGUCACCCCCCCCCCUCUGUCCUUCCCCCACUUACAUGUGUUCAAUGAAUGUCCAUCCACAUACACUCACCGGGAUGUUAAUUUAUUUUGCUUCCUCUGUUCCGCUCUGUCCAGUUUCCAGAUAGUCAGAGGGGGGUGAGUGGCAAGGAUGAGGCGGGGGGGGAGGGGGGGUCUGGUGUGAAACCAUGCUGCAGAGGGGAGACCCUUGUGGAGGCAGCCAUUUUUUUCCUCUUUUUCCUCCGCCGGUCUCUUUCCAGACUGUGGCCUCUCUCUGGGUGCUAGGGGCGUGGGGGAAACCACUGCUCAGCUUACUCCCCUCUCUGUCCCCCUCCUCGCCCCCUGACAAUGUGACUGAGGAUUGGCUUCUGGGACCCUGUUCCCUGCCCCUCCCACUGUGCCCCCUCCCCCACGCCUCCCCCCAUCCGCUGCCCUUCUCAGGUCAUGGCCCCGCCCCACCUCGCCUCAGCCUCUUCUGCACCUUUCUGAAGGUCCAGGCUCAACCUCAAGUUCCAUGCUUGAGCA